AAAGCCUUUAAAGCAAAAAUAAUAUCGGGACCGUAUAAAAAAACCCCGGGGGAUAUAAAUGUUUUAGCUUUUAAAAAGCCGGUUACUUAUUUUAAAUGCGGGCAGCUAAAUUAUAUCGCUGCAACAUGCAAAAUACGAACGGAUAAUUUGGAAACCCCGUUAGCUUUAGCGAUUAUACAAAAGGCGAAAAAAAAAAGGCCCGAAGUACGGUGUUACGGGUAUAAAAAGCUAAGUUAUAUCCGGCCGGCGUGCCUUAAAAAAAGCAAAAUAUCGUUACCUAAUUCGAUACCGCUAUUUGGCCGUUUAAGCACCGGGGUUUAA